AUGACAGACCCCCAAAACCCCAAUCCUCGAGACCUUCCUUCUUCAUCUAAUGAAAACCCCACCGAUAUAAAACCCGGCAACGGUUCCGCCAAUUACUCGAAUCAGAAGGUCCAUUUCCCGAACCCACCCGAGUCAACAAAUCCGGACCCUGCGACACUGAGGGAACAAUGGAGGUUUGCUAUUAAGCAGUACAGUAAAUGGUACUCUCACGCUUGGGGCACCGCUAUUCUGGCUGGUGUUUCCUUUUUCGCGCUUGGCUGGUUCAUCAAGGGAUCCAAUCCUUUGCCCUCUUUCAAGACUGACGAUUCCUCCUCCUCUUCUUCUUCGCCUUCUAAUGAUGCUAAAGAAAAGGCAACCCAAUAA